UGUUUUGUUUUAGUUAAUCAAAACUCUAGAAACAGAACAAAACAAGGUCGUGCUUGCCGCCUAACAUUGCUUAUGGCAAAGGACAACAUCGAGUGUACGAAAACUCAAUAAGCUGAAACUUGCUCUAACUUAUCAAUAAAACCGUAUUUGGAGAGAACUGGAAGAAUCUUUAYACACGCAAGACUUGAACGAAGGAAACAAGAUAUUUUUGAAGUCGUCAACCAAAUACUUUUACUCAACCAACAAGAUCCAUUUAGCGMCAAUCAUGUACGGACUAUUGCUAGAAAGUAUCAACUUUCAAGUCACCGAAAAGUACGGCAAAGAGGUAUGGCAACAAAUCCUAGAAGCUGCAGACCUGAACAACUAUGUAUUUGUCACACACAAACUCUACGCUGAAGACCUCUUGUUCAAACUUGCCGAUGGAGUCAUCAAAGUCAUCGGUGAAGAAGAAGACAUGCUACUUGACGACGUCAUGCGUUUUUUCGGGGUCUGUUUUGUCAAGUUCUUUAAUCACUAUGGUUACGACCCGAUCAUUCGCGUCAGUGGUCGCCAUCUUCGGGAUUUUUUGAUUGGAAUUGACAACCUGCACGAGCAUAUGAGGUUCGGCUACCCAAAGAUGCAGUCCCCGACUUUUUACUGUGACGAAGAGAGCAGCUCAGGUCUCAACCUACAUUAUCUUUCAAGGCGCAAGGGAUUCAUGUUCUACGUGAUUGGACAGAUCGAAGAAAUCGCGCGAAAAUUCUACAACACGUAUGACAUAAAUAUCAAGGUCCUUAGCGACGAGAGGGAGGGCUCACAAUGUCACAUUGUCUAUCGACUUGGGUUCGCCAAUGUCGGUUAUAAGCCACCAUCGCCAGACUUGCUCUGCGUCACGCCAAAGAAGGGCAUUACUGUCGAUGUGUUCUUUACAAUAUUUCCCUUCAGCUUUGUCAUCUCUACCGACAUGACCAUCAGCAUGGCGGGAAAUGGCUUGAUCUCGACACUUGGAAGAAAAGUCUUGGGCAAAAAUGUUCGAGAGGUUUUUACUCUGAGAAGACCGAAAACGGAAUUUACCUGGAAUUCUCUCCUUACAAGAAAGGUUGUCUUCGAGUUAUUAUCGAAAAUUCCAGUUAUCCGUCGUCAAAAAAGAGGAAAAGAAAAUAUGUUCCAAAARACAAGCAGCUUAAACACAUUGAAAACCUUUCCGCGUUCCACCAGCAUCGGAGGUAUUGGAGAAUCCAGCCAAUCACAAUCAGUCACCAAGAUAAGUGGCAGUAGUUCAGCACCCACUCAAUCAACACCCGUUCAGGCCGAGCCUCCCCCGACGCUUCAUCUACGCGGUCAAAUGAAAUAUUUAAAGGACUGGGACAAAACUAUCUAUAUUUCUUCGCCUUUAAUUGGAAGUCUUGAUGCCAUGCUUGCCACAGGCUUGUACAUGAAUGACUUCAGCAUGCACGAUACGUCACAAGAAAUGGUUUUAUCAGGGAUCAAGCCUCUACCCCAGUUAGAAUAUGCACGAGACCAGCAAUUUGAACAAGGCAGAGAACUUGAACAAUGUAUGGAGAAGCUGAACAAGGAAAGGCAGAAGAGCGAAGAAUUGCUGUACCGAAUGAUCCCGAAACAGAUAGCAGAACGACUGAAGCAAGGAGAAAGUCCUAUCAAUACGUGCGAGUAUUUCGACAGCGUCACCGUAUUGUUCAGCUACAUGGACGGUUUCGCUGCAAUCUGCACRCGUGUCAGCGCGAUGCAGGCCGUAACCUUGAUCAACAACCUGUUUACCCGGUUUGACCGGCUUAGUGAGACACACAACGUUUACAAGUUUGAGACGUUGGGAGACGCUCUCUACAUGGCUGUAUCUGGUGCGCCUGUGAGAACAGCGCGACAUGCUGAACCAAUGGCUUCUAUGGCGUUAGAUAUGCUGAAUGCUGUUCAAAAAGUAAAGGAUCCAAUCACUAAGAAGGCAAUGACCGUGACAAUAGGUAUUCAUUCGGGGCCAGUUGUAGCUGGUUUGGUGGGAGAAAUGACAUUGCAGUAUUGUCUGUUUGGUGAUACCGUUAACAUAGCAUCCAGAUUAAGAACGACAGCUUUGCCAAUGAGAAUUCACAUCAGCGAACAUUGUCGAGAGUGCUUAGAAGGUUCUCCCUUUGAAGUCGAAUUUCGUGGAGUGGUAGAGCUGAAGGGUAAAGGAAAAAUGAAGACAUAUUGGCUGAUCGGGCAACAAAGUAAUGCGAUAGAAUAACUUAAUACUUAAAAAGUACCAUCCACACCUCGCUCACCAAUAUAAGUUCCAGUAGUUCAGUUGGUCAAAGCGUGUGACUAGCAAACAGAAGAUUUGGAGCUCGGAAUUUGUUUCAAAGUUAACAAAUUGACAUCAGAUUUUUAUGUGUCUGUCCUCUUAUUGACAAUAAAU